AGUCGCUGGCGGUGCAUUGAAACCAACGUGGCCGGAUGUAGACCUACGAUAACUAUUUGAACGAUAAUUUCACCGCCUGUGCGAUAAGUAAUUUUGAAAAAAAAUCCUAUAAUGAAUGAUAAUUUGACCCAUUCAAUACAUAGCUACAGUAUAUAGCUAGCUAGCUAACACAAACAGCAUACAUUCUUCGCCAGAAAAUAAGUUUUCCACCACUAAGCGCUGUGUGAGUGACGGAAAGAAGUUACCUGACAUCUUUAAGCUCAACAAAAGGUGUUUUGUGCGUACCUGCGCCAGGCCUACAAAAGCAGAAAUCCCGAUGGACAGAAGUAGCAGCGAACUCUCAGAGCAUCUCGCCGUGAGCGGUCCGAUCACCGCUCCCUGAAUCACCUAAACAAAAGAAUCUCGAAAUCAACCUACAUGACAAAACAAUGCAGUUCAGAGCACAGGGCCAUGGCGCUAAAGGAGAUAAUGAAUACAAGUUUAGUUUGGAGUUCUUGGAAGCCAUCAGACCUGAGAUCGAACACAAGUCAACGCAGCGUCAGGUGGACAUCAAAAUCAAGAAGCAAGAGGAGCGCUGGUGGGACCGUCUGACGCUGCAGGAGAAGAAGCCUCUGUUUCUGGCCCCCGACUUUGACCGCUGGCUGGACGAGUCUGAUGCCGAGAUGGAACUUCAGGCCAAGGAAGAAGAAAGGAUAAACAAGAUAUGUGUGGAGUCAAGAGUUCGUAAAGACCACUACCUUGGACUGAAGAAAGGCUACUUAUUUAUGUACAACCUGGUACAGUUCCUAGGAUUUUCUUGGAUCUUUGUCAACAUGACGGUCCGGCUCUUCAUUCUUGGUCAAGAUUCCUUCUAUGACACCUUCCACACCACAGCUGAUAUGAUGUAUUUCUGUCAGAUGCUGGCCGUGCUGGAAGUCAUCAACCCCUUGCUCGGCUUAGUCAAGACCGGGGUUUUCCCGGCCAUGAUCCAGCUGGCGGGGAGGAACGUCAUUUUAUUUGUCAUCUUCGGCAGCCUGGAAGAGAUGCAGAGCAAACCUGUUGUCUUCUUCGUGUUCUACCUGUGGAGCACCAUUGAAGUGUUCAGGUACCCUUUCUACAUGCUGGCCUGCAUGGGCACCGAGUGGAAGGUGUUGACGUGGCUCAGAUACAGCCUCUGGAUCCCUCUUUAUCCGUUAGGGGUUCUUGCUGAAGCGGUGGCUGUGAUCCAGUCCCUCCCCAUCUUUGAUGAGACCCACCUGUUGAGCCUCCCCCUGCCCGCAGUGCUAGGAGGCUCUUUAAGCUUCUCGUACACGCUGCAGAUCUACCUGGUGAUCAUGUUCCUGGGACUCUUCAUCAAUUUCCGACAUCUAUACAAGCAGAGAAAGAGACGGUACCGGUCAAGCAAACGAAAAGUCCACUAAUGAAACAGGAAGUCGCUCAACAUCUGAGAGUCGAUGUGUUUCCUUUGCGUUCCUUAUUGCCUUUUCCUCCACGCACACACAAACACAACUUUCCCGGAUGUUUUUCUACGUGGGACAUGAUGGCGUGAUUUGAGUAUUUAAAAACAUCCAUUUUGUUAAUUUUGAUUCAAACAAUCCAUCCAUAUACAGUACAAACCUUGUUAUAUAAACAUUGAAUCUUAUUGGACUAGCAUACUGUCGCUACUCAGCGCUAAUGCACUCAAACACAUGAAUUUCUUUGUUGUGGCCUGUUCGACAAUUCCCGUACAGCUGAAAAGAGUUAAAAGGGGACCUAUUAUGCUCAUUUUCCGGCCUUUGUUUUGAGUCGUGGACUCCUAUAGAGCAGCUACACAUAAUAACCAGCACAGGAAACUUUCUAGUUCUUCCAGAAUCUGCACCUAUUCAGCUAUUUUAUUUUUUAUUUUUUGGAUUUCCAUGCUUUCCGCAAAAAAACUGUCUGUUUUAAUGAAUUCCAACCAAGGCACGCUUCCGGCCACGCCCUUAGACGCACUUUCGGUGUCGCGCCGCUAGCUGCGAAACCUAGCAUUAACACAUUUAUAGGUCAGAAAAGUGAAAAAAAAAAGCAUAAUAGGUCCCCUUUAAGAACUGAGUUUAUGAACAUUUAAUGUUUAUGUUGAUUUCACUCUCCCAUAUUUGUAAUUAUUUAAGUAUUAUGACAAGUUAUUGCACAGAGGGAUAUGCCCGGAAUAUUAAUUCAUAUACAGAGUGUCCCUAAAAUUUGUACAGAAUAUACACAUUAUAUAUGCAUUACAGAAAAACGUUUUUUUUAAAGUUGUAUUAAAGAAUAAUUACACGAUAAAUUAAAUAAUUAAAUUAUAUAUUAUGCAGUUUAAAUAUUCAUUUUAUAACUAAUAUAUGCAUUUUGUUUCCGUGUCCAAACUUUAGGGACACUCUGUAUAUUACCCGACCAAAAGAAGUCUCAUUAAAAUGAUAAUAAAUUGCGUAAAAUAAAAUGGUGCAUUGUUCAUGACAGUGUGAUAUGGAUAUGAUUUAAUAUUUAUUUUUUUCUAGUAUUGUACUAUUGGAUGCAAAUGUUAAUCUAAUUUUUGUAAUUAAUUGUAUCAACUUUGAUUUUUGCUUUUUUUUUUUUUUUAAGGAUCCAAAUAUUUCAGUUUUCAUCUGAUGUGACCUAAUUUUCCAAAAUUUGUAACUAGAUUUUGUUUUGGU